AGCAAACUUCAGCUGGAGUUCUGUGAUGGUCACAUGACGAUGUUGUGGGUAUAUUACUCCAAAUGUCUGAGUCUGUUCUCUUCUAUAGAACUCUGCAGCGCACACACACACAAACACACACACGCACACACGCACAGGGAGAGAGAGUGCAUGGUGCAGUUUUGAAUGACACUGACAGCUGACAAAAGGUUGGAGUUACCGCGUCAGGAAGCAACUUUUUGAGGGGAAUUAUGAGAAACGUGGAGCUGUGAUUUGCAUUUCUAAUUGCCAGCUGACAAGGGACCAAGUUAGCUAGCCUGGGAACACCUCAGGAUCUCCCAGUAAGGGCAGGAGAACAUGGCUAUAGAGAGGGACGUGUGGACUUUGCUUACUCUGCUGCAAACCGGAUAAACGUCAGGAGGCGAUGGAGAACAAGGCCAUGUAUCUGAGUACAUAUGAAGAGAGAGAGAGCGGCUCCAUGUAUGAAGAGGCCUACGAUGGACACAACUUGUCCAAACUUAACCUGUGUGAUGAAGGUUCUGGUAAGCGGCGCAGGAAGCAGGAUCAGUGCUGUGCUCACUUGAACUCCCUCUCAGCCAUCAAGUACGCCAUCGUGUUCCUCUACAUCCUGGUCCUUCUCACCAUCUUUGGACUCUGCCUGGCAGUCUCUCAUUCCCAGGUGUCUUCACAGCGGCAGGCCGUGCUGAUGGAGAACGUGACCCGGAUGUCGGAGCGCUCUCGGCUGCUCCAGCAGACCCUAGGCGAGGCGUCCACUCAGGGUGACCUGCUGGAGAACAUCUGGAAACUGGAGAAUCUCUUCCAGAACCACAGCGACUGGCUGCAGAGGCUGGAGAUCCUCAUCAAGAGCCUGGAGGUGGAGCUGAGGACCAUCCAGGCUAACUCCCUUCAGUCAGAGGGCUACCUGGUGCAGCUGGACGACAGGUUGUCCUCCCUAAGCAGCUCCACCGGCAGGAACCUGACGGGCCUGACUGCGGAGGUGUCCCGGGCCUCCACCUGGCUCCACGACCAGGACCUCCUGUUCAGGGAAACCUCAGGACAGGUGAGCAGGCUGAGAGAGAAACUGGAUGAUGUCAGUUGGACGGUGGGAGCUGUCAAUCACACCUUCAGCAAUGACAUCAGUAUUCACCACUUGAAGAUACAAGACUUGCAGAUCCAGAUCAGCAACAUAACAGAGGACACCAGCAGUUUAUGGGUGACCCACGUCCACACAGAGGCCCAGCUGAGGAACGAGAUGGAGAUCCUCAACACAAUUACAGAGGACCUUCGCCUGAAGGACUGGGAGCACUCCCUGGCCCUGAAGAACCUCACCAUAUUCGAAGGUCCUCCUGGGCCAAAGGGAGAGAAGGGUGAUACCGGACCACUUGGGCCCCACGGGGCUCCUGGGUUGACAGGCUCGAGAGGGCUUACAGGAGAAAAAGGGAUCCAGGGCAACCGGGGAAUUAAAGGGUCCGUCGGGGUCAGCGGUUUUCAGGGAGAAAAAGGAGACAUUGGACCUGCUGGUCCCAGAGGUGACAGAGGAGAAAGAGGGUUUAAGGGGGAGAAGGGGGAUCGAGGAGACCAAGGAGAGAGAACAGUGGCGGAGACCCUGGUGCGGCUGGUGAACGGGUCAGGUCCUCAUGAAGGUCGUGUGGAGGUUUUCCAUGAACGCCGCUGGGGGACAGUGUGUGACGACGUCUGGGACAAAAAGGACGGAGACGUGGUGUGUAGGAUGCUUGGAUUCCAAGGAGCUGCUGACGUCCAUAAGACCGGACGCUUUGGACAGGGUACUGGUCUGAUCUGGAUGGAUGAUGUGGCGUGUGCAGGGACCGAAGACACCAUCCAUCAGUGCAAGUUUUCUGGCUGGGGCAAAACCAACUGCGGCCACGUGGAGGAUGCUGGUGUGACAUGCGCCGUCUAAAACUUUCAUGAUCCUGUCAAUGCUGCAGCGGCCAAGCAUCUCCUCUCAAACUGUGCCUUCGACUUUUAAGUAGCGAUAAGGUGCACAACGUCCUGCCAUCGCCAAGGGUGUCACAUUAGCAGUAUGUUGUUUUUUACCUGCAAAAAAAAGUGACAAACCUCCAUGUUGUGCAUGAACUAAAAAUCUGCAGCUUUUCUUUAAGUUCAUGGUUAAACAUUUGACCGUUUUACCUACAAGACUGAACCAUGGGAGCAAAGAAAAUGCACACAUUUUCAGACUUUGAGCAACCAUAAGAGCUAGGGAUGAUCGCACCACAGGACACUUCAUCAGGACUAAAUUAGAGACCUCAUGUCUUCAAUGAAGCCAAAGGUCAGCUUUCAUAUAGUCUAUAUCAACCACCUGAAAUUCUGAUGGAUGUCCCUCAUUUCGACCAGAUGUCCAUCAUCUUCAGCUUUCUUUGUGUUGGCAUUUUAAACUCCGGUGGAUUUAUGAGGCCUAUGGUUAACUG